AUGCAGGUGCUGGCGGUUCUGCUGUGUCUCAGUCUCCCACCCUCGGCUGCUUUCUAUCUCCACGCAGGGGAACGAGAGCAGAAAUGCCUCAUAGAAGACGUUCCAGGAGACACGUGGGUAUCAGGGACUUUCAAGAUCCAGCAGUGGGACACAGGCAAACUUGACUUCCGAGAACCAGGCCCUGGUCUGGGGAUGUUCGUGACUGUCACAACAUACAAUGAUGAGGUAUUACUAUCAAAAUUAUUUGGUCCAGAAGGAACAUUCUAUUUUACUUCAUAUUCACCUGGUGAACACAUCAUUUGCUUAGAAUCUAAUUCGACAAGGUUCGUGUCCGUUGGAGAGAGAAGGCUGCGCAUCCACUUGGAUAUUCGAGUUGGAGAACAUGACCUUGAUGCUGCAAUUGCUCAGGCAAAGGACAAAGUUAAUGAAGUUACCUUCAAGCUUGAACAUCUAAUGGAACAAAUUGAGCAAAUACUCAAAGAACAGAACUAUCAAAGGGACCGUGAAGAAAUUUUUCGAAUGACCAGUGAAGAUACAAACAGCAAUGUUUUAUGGUGGGCUUUUGCACAAACGUUGAUCUUCAUCUCAGUUGGAGUUUUCCAAAUGAAGUAUCUUAAAGACUUUUUUAUAGCUAAGAAGCUUGUUUAAAACAUUACAGGUAGAGGCAAAUAAUCUGCACAAUGUUUGAAUGAAUAAACCAAAUACAUGCA